AUGUUCCCCGUCUUUGCUGUUGCUCGUGGUGACGAGCAAACAGAGGCCAACAACGUCAUGACGACUCCUUCCUCCUCGAGAAGUAAAGUGGCCUCUACGCUAACGAUAAGGAACGUAAGGCUGCCUCCGGAAGCAUAUGCCUCUCUGGACGAUGCUCUUCUCUUUCCCAACGAGCAGCAGCGGCAAGAGCUGCCCCUCGUUGAUCUGGAAUACGUCCACUACCAGCCGGACCCGUCCUCUCCUUCCACAACAACCGUCGAGGUGAAACUCAGCGCGUCCGUCCGUGAAGAGCCAAACGACCUCGCGCCGGUCGAGAAGCCGUUCAACCGUUUUGCACCGUUCUCGCACGUUUCUCAAGACACUCCUGAUCACAUUGUCGACGCUCCCCCCGCACCUUCGCCGGCUACGAACAGACCACCACCACCACCACCACCACCAAAGCUUCUCGUAGCCAGAUUCACCGCACCUACUGUUACCAAAACCGACACAUGCUCUCGUGGCUGCAUCGACGCUCGCGGCAGCAUCGCCGUUCCGGGCGGGUUGUGUCAUCCGCAUAUCCAUCUCGACAAGUGCUACCUGCUCGACAGAUGUGCUCUCGCCACAGGCUCGUUUGACGAAGCCCUCACUUCGACUGCUGAGGCCAAGGCCAAGUUCACCAAACAGGACGUCAUGGCGAGGAUGCGCAGGCUGAUCGCGAGCUCUGUUUCGCAUGGGGUGACGUCGAUGCGCGCCUUUGUAGAGGUGGACCCGACCGUGGGGCUCAUGUGCGUAGAAGCUGCUGUACAGCUGAAGCACGCGUUUGAGGCGAGCUGCCAUGUUCAGAUUGUGGCUUUUGCGCAAGAUGCUAUAUUCUACCCGGACGACAAGGGUAAGGAGGAGAGGAUGCAUAAAUUGCUCAGGGAAGCAGCGUCGCGAGAAGAGGUCGAUGUGGUCGGCUCUGCGCCGUAUGUCGAAGCUCUUGGCCAGCACGAUCAGCACAGUCUCCCGGACACGGAAAGGAAACGAAAGCAAAAGGAGCAGCAACAGCGCAACAUCCGAUUCGUCUUUGAGCUCGCUCGCCAGCACGGCAAGCAUGUCGACUUUCACCUCGACUACGACCUCGAUCCACCGGGUAGCGAACAGGAUGGGCAGCAGUCCAUGAUCCCCUUCGUCGUCUCGCUCUCGCAACAAUCGGGCCAGCUCUGGAAGCAUGCUAACGGAAAGCAGAGGGGCAUCACGCUCGGGCACUGCACGAAGCUCUCGACAUUCACCCAAGCGGAUCUCGACGAGCUCGCGGCCAGGUUCGCCACAGACGACGAGAGCGUGCCGCGGAUCUCGUUUGUCUCGCUUCCGCCGUCCGACUUGUACAUGCAGGGGCGCUCUGCGCCGUACGCAUCGCGCUCGCGUGCGACGCUGCCGUUGCUCGCGCUGCACUCGAACCAUGCGUUGCAGAAGCACACCAACUGGGCGAUGGGCGUCAACAACGUCGCCAACCUGUUUACGCCGCAGGGGGAUGCGGACCCGCUGGCGCUGCUGCCGAUGAUGGUGGGCGUGUGGCAGAGCGCGAAACCGGACGACUGCGCGGUACUGCUCGGCGCGGUGAGCUGGGGAGCGAGGGUCGCGGCCGGGUUCGAUAGCGGUUACCGGGGUGGUGGGGAGACAGGCAGGAGUAUCUGGACGGAUCUGACGGUGGUGGAUGGGUCCGUGUCGGUGCAGGAGGUGGUGUGUGCUCCGAGCUAUUCGAGGAUUGCACUCAAGGAUGGACGCGUCGUCUCUAGGCGGAGGGUCGAGUCGGCGUUGUAUCCAUUGCUCACAGGCACGAAGCAGGAUUGA